AUGUGCACAACAUCAUCAUCAUCAUCGUCAUCAUCAUCAGCGGCAACUGUGGAAAGCGAGGAUAUUUGGAACCAUAUCUUCAGCAUUUUUGGAGAACACCCGAUGACCUUGGAUAUGACCGAGGAUGGAGUUUGGGUGUUUCAACUUACUGGGAUUGAAAUGUCAAUCCAACCCACGCCACAACAUUACAGGCUGAUCGAUGAGGAAGCAGUGAGUUUCUCCAGACGUCAGGCAAUGCGACAUUUAUCGUCACCGGCACCACCGCUUACGUUGUCGAAGACGUUAAGUGAUGAUGAUGAGUUUUUACUUAUGGGUGAACCUCUGGCGCACUCUACACCCAUACCAUCAUCAUCAUCAUCAUCAGCAGCAGCAGCAGUAGCAGCAUCUCAAUCAUCUGGCUACCCUGAGUCUUCGAGACUGUCAUCUGAAAAUCUCUCUGUAAGUGACUCUGAGCAGUUGCAGCAAAAUGCUCAGGGUAUAAAUGAGCUGCUGCAAAUAAGAGAGCAGCUAUAUCAUGAGAUUCUGCAUCUACAACAGCAGCAAUAUGAGCAGGCCUACGAAUCAAACAUGCUGUUGAAUCAACAACAACAGCAACUACAACAACAACAACUACAGGAACAACAACAACUUCAACAGCAACAAUGGUUGCAGCAACAACAGCUAGAGCAGCAGCAGCAGCAGCAGCAGCAAUGGCAAUAG